AUGCAGAGCCUUUUGGGCGUGUGCUCCCAGAUGCCCGGCGCGGGUCUGUCCCUGACGGCGGUGGACUCUGGGCUGCUGUCCCUCCUCCAGCCGGAGCAGCUGUCGCUCUCCCUCUUCCUGUCUUCCCCGGACGGCGAGGCCGUGGCGGGCACCGGCGUCAUCCUGUCCUACGCCGGCAGUGACCCGGUCCCCGGAGCCUGCAACAUGGAGUUCAACCUGGAGGUGGACCCGAACGUCUACGUCCGUUACAACCUCUACGAGACCACCAUCCAGUUCGCGCCGGCCAACCUGGGCCGCCCGAGAGGCCAGGCCCCUCCCCCCUGCGACGAGCUGACCGGAGGGGACACCCGCUGGCGCCUGCAGUACGACGUCUACCAGUACUUCCUGCCGGAGAGCGACCUAUCGGAGCGCAGCCUGUUCGCCGGCUUCCAGGCCGUGAGCAGCAGCCAGGGCCGACGGGUAAACGCCGCCGGCCUAAACGCCGCCGGACAAUCGGGAGCAAACCGCCCGCUAGCGGUUAACCCCCCCCCGCCUCCCUCCCUCCAGGUCCUGACCCUGCUGUCCACGGACAGAAGCACGGCGGCGUUCACCUCCAUCCCCGGCCAAGGCGUCAUCUACUCGGUGGUGGUGCGGGACCCGGUGCAGAACACCUCAGCGUCCUACGUCCCCGCGCACACCUACGCCUGCAGCUUCGCCUCCGCCCUGGACGGCUGCCAGACCCUGGAGCUCUUCUGCAUGGGAUUCAGCUUCAUGGCGUUUUUCUUCUUCGUCCUCAUCACGCGGACCACAGAGCUGGACUACAACAUCCGGCUGGCGCUGUCGGCGGUGGUGGGCGUGGUGGGCGGCGUGCUGCUGGUGAUGAGCUGGUGGCGCUUCGGCUCGGUCAUGGCGUGCAUCGUGGUGGUCGGCCUCACGCUGGGCUUCCUGGUGGCCUCCACCGUGCUCUUCACUCCGCUGGGUGACCUGGAGGUGUUCCGGAGCUCGGACGUGGUUUUCUGGGUGACGUUCAGCUGCAUCAUGAUCACCGUUCCGCUGUUCUUUGUGCGGUGGCCGCGAGAGGGGAACAUCACCACCUGCGGGGUGGUGGGCGCCUACGCCGUGGUCCUGGCCGUCAACGCCUACGCCUACACCAGCCUGUCCUACAUCGCCCUGAACGUCCUCAAGCGCUUCAUCAACAACAACUUCAGCGCCGCCUUCACCGACGUGCCGCUGCAGGCCAUCGACUACGCCAUGAUCUCGGCGUGGGUGGUGCUGGGCGCCGGGGGCGUGGUCCUGCAGCUGUACCGGGAGCGCUCGCGGCCGUUCUUCCCCCCGAGCCCGUACCUGAUGUGGCUGCAGGAGCGCGAGCGCCGCAAGACCAACGUGCUGGACCCGAGCCACCACUUCCCCUCGCUCCCCGGGCGCCUCCUGGAGCGGGCGCGGCAGCUGGCCCGGCGCCGGGAGCCGGCGGGCGAGCACACGCCGCUGCUCCUGUGA